GAGAGAGAGAGAGAGGGAGGGGAGGUUUAUCCAGCAGCGCUGAUGAGACAGAAGUUUCAGCUCUGCGCGUCGCACACGGCCAGGACAGAAGAGACCUUGCGCAUACAUACAGAUAAGAUGCUGCUCCCAGCCGGCCUGUUGAUUGGUCUGCUGUGCCUGAAUCGCGUGGGCAGUGCGUGGGGUUUUGCCCGUCUGCUUGAUGAUGUAGAGCUGCGCUCAGCUUUCUCAGUCGCUCGCACCAGCAGCAUGGAAGGUGGGCCGAAGAUGACGGUGACCUUUGACUCUGUUUACGUCAACAUCGGUGGGGACUUUGAUGCCAAGUCAGGUCUGUUCCGCUGUCGUAUCCCCGGAGCCUACUACUUUUCCUUCACCGUGGGAAAGUUUCCACAUAAGGACCUGUCUGUGAUGCUGAUGAAAAACAGGAAUGAGGUGCAGGCCAUUGUGUAUGAAGAAAAUGCAGGGGAGGAGAGGAAGGUGCAGAGCCAGAGUGUUAUGCUGCAGCUGGAGUUUGGGGACACUGUCUGGCUCCGUCUCCAUGGCGACCCUCGCUACGCGCUGUACAGCAACACCGGACACUACACCACCUUCAACGGUUACCUUGUGUACCCUGAUGUCUACGGCUACCAAACGCACCACCUUCACCACCAGCAGCACGGCGACUCCGAGCAGCCACUGCAAGACAACAUCCCACUGCCGAGCGACAACCAGGCCACGGAUCAUGUCAGACCUGGAAUGACGGAUGGGGAGAAGGAGCUGCAAAUGAAAGAGGAAGAAGAGGAGGAGGAGGACGAAGAGGAUGACCAGAGAUCUGCUUUCUCGGUGGGGCGCACCCAAAGCAUUGUGGGCGUGAACCAACUGGGCAUGCCGCAACACCAGCCGGUGAGCUUCGACACUGCAUUUGUUAACAUAGGGGAAGACUUCAACGUGACGGAGGGAGUGUUCACCUGCCGCAUUCCCGGGGCGUACUACUUCUCCUUCAACGUGGGCAAGAUGCCACAGAAGACACUGUCCGUCAAACUGAUGAAGAACCGCCUGGAAGUGCAAGCGAUGAUCUAUGACGAUAGCCAAGGUGAGAAAGCUCUGCAAAGCCAGAGUUUGAUGCUGUCACUGAAACCAGGGGACACAGUCUGGCUCUACUCCCACCAGAGAGAUGGAUUCGGCGCCUACAGCAACCACGCUAAGUACAUCACUUUUACCGGCUUCCUGGUAUACCCACAAUUUCCUGCUGCCGCCACCACCAAUACUGCCACCAGCCAAUCAUAUGCAGACAAGAAACCCUAGCUGCAGCACCUUGGAUAGGCACCGAACAUUUCUGGAGGAAUUCAUGCAAGAUGGAAAAGUCUCAGAUUUCACUGGAGGUACUGGGGAGCCGUACUCCAAAUGAAUGCUGGUUUGUGGCUGUCUUUCUGCUUCAUAUGAAUUCCUUCACAAAGUCACAGGGACUCGGACUGAGUGCAGCGCUUACAACAAAAUCAAUGUUCAGCCAGUGGCUUCCCAGGAUAUGACUUUAGCCGAUGCGAAUAUUUAACUCUUUAAUGAAAGUUCAGUGGUUAUCACCCACUCACUCCUGUGUUAGCUCAUCAGUUAGCGUCCAUGUCUUUUAUACAGCUCAAACCCACUCAGAGUGAGAUUCAGAAAUGCUCUGUGAUAUACUGUUAAUAAUUAUUAUAUGAUUGGAUGGAUACUUGGACAAGACGGUGGACUGCUAAGGUGGAAUGCUAGCAAGCUAACUUGCAAGUUAGGCAGCAAACAUAGGUUAGCGAGCUGCAUGUGCAGUCACAGAUACCUGAUAAUUAAUGCCAACUGUUAGAAAGUCACUCACAAACACUGAAUCCAAGGCGGUGCAAUAAACACAGCAAGUUAUUUUUUAGGCAAUGAAAACGCCCCAAAAGACUCGCUAUAAUGACAAAGAAAAAAAUUGAACCCAACUCUACACCUGCGUAUUUCUGCUGCACUGAAACUGAGUUGUUUCUGUUGUCAGGCCCAAGUGGCUCAUAGAUUUGGCUUUGUUAGCUUCUUUUUUUAGCUGAGGCUGCUGCUCGUUGCUGCUUGAUGAUUUUAAGUUGCUGACAGAUAAACACAUAUGUUACUUGCCAACUACAGUGCAAAAUUAAGUGAUUAAAUGAGGCGACUUUAGUUAAAGUGUUAUAAAAAUGAUUAUUCAAUGUUGACAGUUGGCCAGUGCGUACCACAGUACAUCGUCCUUGUACAGUCUUUAUAUUUGAUAGCAUUCUGAACAUAAGCUCUUGCUCUGAAGAGAAACUUGUAAGCAUGUUUUGAUAAAUGUGCAGUAAAUGUUCUGUGUAAUCUACUUCAGAAUUAUAAAGGAAGGAUUAAACUGCAAAGCGAUGUACUUAAUUCCAUUACAUUGAGCAAAAUGAAAAUUCAGACUGCAUGCACAUUUCAGUCUGAGCUGUAGACAAGGCAGUGAGCCAUAAAGUUGUGGUAGAUGAUCACUGAAUUUUUCAUUUUUUUGAGGAAAAUAUUCCUCCAAGUGCAUUUGUUACCCUCGUCCAAGGUGUUUCUGCUUGUAAAGUGUCUUUACUUUCUUUGUCUAUAGAGGCAUGUAAAUUGAUAUGAAAUCUGUGUGUUUUGUGUCAAAAUGAGUCUUUUUUUUAAAGUUUGGUGUUUCUCGCCCAAAUAUCGGCCGCAGGAGGAGCAGAGCGUGACAGGAACAAACUGACGUAGCUGUAGAAAUGUGCAGACUCCAUAUCCAUCCGACUGUUGACCACAUGCCACCUCUGAGCCUGAGGGGAUCUGGACCUUAAUUUGAUUUCUAAUUCUAGCAGCGCUUAAUUCAUGUCUUCAGAACCACUGUGGGGAAAAUUUAAUUGCUUCUCCCGGCUGCUAUAAUAUGCAUGUCUGUUUAAUUUCACGCCACAGGGGAAACGAUGAUGCUGUUCAAGUUGUGAUGAACCUUGACUUUAUGAAAUCACCUUCUGUGUUGGAAAGGCAACAUGUGAAAUCAUACUUCACUUUUACUGAACAUUUACAUUUUUAUUACAGUUAACUGGCUGUAAAUUCACAGGAAUGAGAUUCUCAUAUAACCAAUGAUCUAAACCAGUGGUGUCCAACUCCAGGCCUCGAGGGCCGGUGUCCUGCAGGAUUUACAUCUCACCCUGGGUCAGCACACCUGAAUCACAUGACUAGUUUGUUACCAGGCCUCUGGAGAA